GUAGGUUUCCCAGGGUGUCAACAUGGAAGGCGGCGUGAGGGUCGGGUUGGCCUGGCUCCGGCUCCUGGGCCCCACCUCCACCACACGUCUAGUGCGCCUCUCAACUAGGACUUGUGCCACCACUGUUAACAGAUAUAACGAUCGUGAUCCAGCACCUGUAUUUUUCAAUAAAAAUGUUCAAGAAAUUUUGAAGAAAAUUAAUGAAUUAGACUUUAACAAAGUCUUUAGGCAAAGGUUUGAUGGAACCCAACUCAAGCCACCAAGAUACGAAUUCCUGACAAAUGAAGAACUUGAAGAGCAUUUUGAAAAAUCUAAGAAGGCAUCGGAGAAAAUCCUCCAAAUGCCUCCUGUGGUGAAGGAGCGUCAACCCAUUUUGGAUGUGUUGUCGAAGGAUCCUGGCCUGACUGGAUAUGACACUUGUAAAUAUGUGUUCACUGAUAUUACAUAUGGCUUAUCUGACAGAAAACGUCCUAUUGUUGUGCGAGAUCCUGAUGGAACACUUCGGAAAGCAUCAUGGGAAGAGAGAGAGAGGAUGAACCAGAUUUAUAACCCACGUCCUGGUCGCAAGUUAAAACCACAUAAGCUCUUCCUAGAAGAACAUCUUCAG